GUUCACGCCGAUUCUUCAAAUUUUGCCAAUGGCGUGACGAAAAGAGAAGCAUAUGAUCAAGUAAUUGAACAAGCGAAAGCGCUUUUCGAUGGUCAACAGAAUUGGGUCUGCAACACUGCGAACGCCGCCAGCUUACUAUGGCACGCCUACCAUGCCCUACCAUCGCCUAGCAACAAAGUGAACUGGUCAGGUUUCUAUGUGGCAGAUCCGAGGAAGCAGAAUCAGCUCAUACUUGGUCCUUUCCAAGGCAAGGUCGCUUGUCAGACCAUCAGCUUUGGCAAAGGAGUCUGCGGUGCUGCUGCGAAGACAGGCAAGACUCAGCUUGUGCCUGAUGUCGAAAGGUUUCCAGGUCACAUUGCUUGUGAUGGAGCUUCGAAGAGUGAAAUUGUUGUGCCCAUCGUGAAGGAUGGAAAGGUCGUGGCCAUAAUAGACAUAGAUUGUGCAGUCGAGAACGGCUUCGACGAGGAAGAUCAAUUGAAGCUGGAAGAGCUUGCGGACGUUCUCGGUCAAGGAUGCAACUGGUAGAGCUGGUUCCUCUGCGCACUCACGCAUUGGAUGCCUAGAUCGAAAGCGACUCUUCCACACGUGGAUCGCCUACGUUGUUUUCAGCAAGCUGCUACUGUAGGAAGACAGUCACAGCAUGUAAAAUAUACACAUGCAGUCCCAGCACUUUUGCUGCUUG